AUGGUGGAACAGAUAGUAAUGCAGAAAGAAACAUCAUAUCUUCCCCCAGAAAUUAUCACAAAUAUUCUUGUGCGACUUACAGUAAGAUACCUAAUCCAAUUUCAAUGUGUGUGCAAAGAUUGGAAGAAUCUCUUGAAAACCCCAUCUUUCAUUGAAAAGCACCUCGACCAUUCCACUCAGCAAAACCCUUUGCUUGCUUUCAAUUGCUCUAUCUAUGAGUCUGAUGAUAAUGCUUGUCACUUAAGUUUGAACAAUCGCGAUGAGACGGAAGUCCUGGAAUUUCAGAACCCACCCAUUGUUCAUCUCUUAAAGGCAUCCUUGAUGCUUGUCCAUUCCAGCAAUGGCUUGCUUUGUCUCGAUCUCCAGACUAUUAAAUUCCAUUCCUCUUGGUUGUGGAAUCCAUCUUAUUCGUUUUGGUUGUGGAAUCCAGCUAUUAGAGAGGUCCAACAGGUGCCCCAAUCUCUCGAUAAGUAUAAGAUUGAUACUAUUUCCGUAGGAUUUGGGUUCAGCCCCAUUGUUAAUGAUUAUAAGAUUGUGAAACUUUUUCUGCUCGGUGCUUUGGUUGCUGAAGUGGAAGUAUAUGCAUUAAGGAGAGGGUGUUGGAGAAAAGUUAAAUUUGGGAAUUUAGAGGGUAUAAGGCUUGUGAGUGAGAGUGGUUUCGCUUGGAAUGGAUCAAUCUUUUGGAUUGGGUUAGAGAAAGAAAGUCAUCUGGGUUUGAUAGUUUCAUUUGAUAUAGCAUUAGAAGUUUUCACAUUGCUGCCCUUCCUUACUGAGUCUCAUGCCCUUAAAUUAUAUGACAUUAUGUUUACUACGUAUGAUAACAAACUUGCUCUGCUUUCUCCCACUAGAAAUCAUGAAUCAUCUUUUAUUGAUUUGUGGGUGAUGGAGGAGUGUACAAAUGAGUCCAAGGAGAGAUGGGUUUGGACUAAAAUAUAUAGAAGCAGACCCUGUCCACGCUGGAGGUUAUAUCCAAUGAUUAUUUGGAGAAAUGAAAUUGUUUGUACAGUCAUUGCAAAGCAUCAAAGGGGAAUUGAAGAUGAAAUGGAGGAUGAUGAAGCAAAAGUUCUUUUCUGCAAUCUCACUACUAAUGAAUUCAACGUGUUUGCUUUCCCGGCAAAAUGUAAGUUUACUGGUCAGGUUUUGAAUUACGUGGAAAGUCUUGUCCCAGUAAGGAGCAUCCAAAUUGAAGAGCCUUGA